CAUCAUUUUUUCUUACUUCUUCUUCCUCAUCAUCUUUUUCACUUCUUGUUGGUUAACCUCUCAAAUGUUAGUACCUCAAGUUAUGGAUACUUGGUGAUUUCAAUUUCUUUAAUUGUUUCAACAUUUUUUUAAAUUAUUCUUUCAUUUUUGUAUUUUUUUUUAUUUAUUCACAUGUUUUAAAUGAAUCAUUGCCAAUUCUCACCUGUGCCAAUACAUCAAUUCAGUGCAAUUCAAUUAAAUUCAUCUAAUUGUAUCAAAGUGAGUUAAAAGUUUCAACGACUUGAUCAGAUCAGCUAAUCCUUUUUGUAUCAAAUAAAACCACCAAGUUUAAGGUUUUUCUUAACUGUUUGUGUUAAUUAAUUAAUUUAUACUUUUUUCUUAAUCACCUAUGAAAGGAUUAUCAAAGUUGCCAUUGAAAUCGACAAGCAAUCAUCACGAAAUCACCAAUCAUCUUAAUUUUUCCUCUCCGAAGUCAAUUGAUGCCAAUUAUUAGUUUUUAUCCCAACAAAGGAAAGAACGAUUUGUGACAAUAUAAAAAUAAUUUUCUACAAUAUUAAAUUAACACCAAACAAUUUAAACAGUCCAAUUAAUCGCAAUCAAAUCUAAAUCAAAAUGAAUCACAUAAUAGUCAUGAUACUCAAAAUCCUGUUGCUCAAUUUGAGUUGUCUAAUUAAAUGUCAUCCAGCUCCAUCAAUGGUUCUUUGCCAUGGAUUACAAUUAAAUGUCAAAUACUCUUAUGAUUACUGGACAACGUUAUUACUAAACAACGAUGACCACACCGGCAAAGAGCCAGUGUCCUUUGGUUACAAGGGGUCAUUUGUGGUUGAAAAUAUUUGGCAAGAUAAAAGUAAUUAUGUGAUUAAAGUUGAUUUCUCUCCUGGAUCAACUGGACAUUACCUUGACCAUGAUGGUAAACCCGUUCGAGGGCCAGGAUAUGGAUCAACUAAUUAUCAAUCUUAUCCAUUAAUUGCUCAUAUUGUUGAUUCAAAUGAUAAUCAGAUUGUUAAAUCUUUUUACCGCCAUAACCAGGAAUCAAUUACAACUAUUAACAUAAAGAAAGCAAUUGUUUUCUUACUACGAACCAAAAAAUCAAAUAUUAAUGACAAUGUUACGUUGGCAAAAAAGGGACAAGAUAUUGAGCUAAGUUACUCGUCUAAACACAAUACAAUUGAACCAAUUAUGACUCCACUGAUUGUCGAUGAAUGGACAAUAUUAACUAAUUUGGGUCGAGAUCAUACUUUGGUCACUGAAUUGUCCGGUUGGCAAAAUGUCUCAUUAACUUCUCGCCUUUACAAUACCGCUUACUCCAAAUUACAUUCAAGAUUCAAUUUGAAACUAGACCAUGAAGAGAAACAAGCAAAAUCAAAACUGUCCACAUCUCCAAAUAUCAACAGUGUUAUUGAUUCACUUGGUGAUGGUUAUGUUGAAGAUCAACUAUUAUUUCAACGAGAACAUCAAACUUGUCACAAUUGUAAAUCUCUUGCAUCAUUGGAAAAAGAGUACGAAGAGCAUAUGACCAACGAGGAAAUGGCCUCGAUUCCAGCGGCAAUCGCUUACCUUAAACUGAUGGAUCGGGUGAGAUCGGGUGGACCAGGGACAAGUAAACUCGAUAUCGUUAGAUUGUUGAAAGAGAGACAAAACAAACGAGACAUUUUAUCAUCUCUUUUGGACAUCAUGGCCGGAGCUCGAACUGACCAAUCGAUUGGAGCUUCACUCGAGUUUCUCGAUUUAUCUCAAAAUGAAGAUCUAGAUGUUUGUGAACGAUUCUUGUCCUCGCUUUCGGUUUCAUGUCUCACUGCCGCUCAAUCAUCUAGUGAUAAUUCAUUAUCUAGUCUACAAUUUAUCAUUAGUAAUCUUAAAGAAAUCAUUCAUCUUGCAAAUUGGAAAUCACCCAAACUCAAAUGGUCAACAAUUAUGACCCUUGGAACGGCUUUAAGAGCAUAUAACACACUUCAAAUUAACUCUUAUUUAGAUAAUAAUAAUCGUGAUAUAAUUAAGCUGAUGACAACAGAAUUAAGUAAUUGUGAAGAUACUGAUUGUCGGGUCUCUUUGUUACAUGCUUUUGGGAACACAGGAAAUUUACAAUUAUCUUUCAAAGUUCUGAGUGAAUAUGCCACCAACACGAAGGCCAAACGAGAAUCAGUUUCUGCUCUCAAAUCGUUAAAAGAUUGUCUUGAUUAUCUUAAAGAUAAAUGUACAGUUAACGUAACUAUUGAUUCGUCAAAGUCAUCGCAUGAUUUGUCUACUUGUAUUCGAAAGCGUCUCAGUGACAGCGAUUCACUGACGAAACUUCGAACAUUAAUCGCUCAUAUUAUUUGGAAUGAGAAUCACGAGUCAACUGGUCGGAUAAUUGCCACUGAAAUAGCCACGAAUUAUAUUAAGGAUGAUGCCCUAGUCAAUUUCAUUCUGAAAGAAGUGGAAAAUUUUGACAAUUUUGAGAUGACAACUUUAAUGUGGACCAAGGCAUUAAGAAGUCGCCGAUCGGCUGAUAAUUGGGCACUUCACUCUCAUCGCUUCAAUGGUUCAAGUGCUUCUUUUCAUCGGGUCAUGGGUGGAACUGGAACAAUGAACGCUUCCUAUGGAAUCACCAUGGAACUACUGAAUAAAGCUCGACUUUUAAAAGAAAGUGGGUUCACCUUUGAGCUUGAAAGUAAUACAAGUAAACCUCAACACAUUCUAACUGUUGGAUUGAUUGCUCGAGGUUUGGGCUCACUCGCUGGUGACGAUAGUUCAACCGACGAAGAAGAAUCAACAUCGGCGGGUAUGGCUCUUAAGAUUCUCGGUGUUCAGCUGAGACCCUACACCUUUUUCACCGGAAAAGGUGAAUUAAUGGGCCACGUUUGGUCAGGAACGGCCAGUGAGCCAACUACUGCUUUCGAUGGUAAUUUAUUGGUGUCUGAUUAUCAAAAUGGACUUCGGUUAAUCAACGGAUUCACUUUGGAGCAACAAAUGAGAGGAGUUCUGUCCCUUGAAUUAACAGGAGAAAUUCAAAUAUCUAUAUGGAAUCGUAAUUCACAUUCCUUGGUAAAAGCUAAAGGCUCACUUCUUGUCCAAGGCUCACAAUCAAUUUUAACCAGCGAUUUAACUACAAUGAUUUCACAGAAAUUUGCUUUCGGAGGCUCAUCGGCGAUGGAUCUUGUUACUGAUGCUGAGUUUUACAAGUUACCUUUUAAACAUUGUCUCCAAAUGCAUCAACCAGAACUGAUAUUCAGACACAAUACUAGGAAAUACGAACAGGUCGAUUCGGACAAAGUUAACGCCAGAAUACAUCGUCGUAAUUAUUAUAUUCCUGCCAAAUCAUUUGCUUUCCAUCAGGACAACAAUCAAAUGUGUGCCUUAAUGAAUAACUAAUUGUUUAGGAUGAAAACCAAAUUAUCACUUAAUCAUCACCACAUUACGAUCACAAAUUUAUUUUAAUUGUUUCAUAGUUUAAAUUGUGAAUUUUUUUUCCUUGUCUUUCAAUAGCUGAUUGGACAAACAAUAUAAUCUUAUUAAUACUUCAUCAAAACUAAUAUGAUCUCCUCAAUAUAUUAGAUGAUUUCAAAUUUAA